AUGAAUAUAUUGCUGCCCUGGUACACUCCUUUCCCUCAGCCUCUGAAAAACAAGUUCACCCUGCAACCUUGGUCCCUUCUCAAAACUCAUUGCCUUCUUUGUUUUGGAGGUGAUUUGCAGAGAACUGGUGCUGCUCAGGAUGAUUUGGGGUGCAUUGUCUGUUUGGAUGCAUGUUUCACUCCAAAUACUGUCUUCAUCCCUGAGUCAGAUGUGAAGGCUAUGGAACUUUUCAUUGGGCAACAGCAGUCCCUCCCAUCUAUUCCUACUUCUGUGUUGGAUGGAUGUGGUGCACCUUUCCAGGCAGCAGAUGAGAAGAGGCAAAAAGCAAGUACCUCUUUCUUUGCAGACACAGGGCUUAUGGCUUUUCUCUGUCAUCAUGAUCAUGUUCUCUGGUUGGUCAAUAUGAAAUCAGCAGAGGAAAGGCAGCACUAUGCUCUAGUGCUAGUGAAACAUUUGUUUGAGCAUCUCCCUGCCACCAUGACUGUUGGUCUCUUGUAUGACAUUGGCUGUCAACUGGAGCAUAGUUGCCACAAGUGGAAGCUCCUGGAUGAUGGAAUAUUAUCUAGGUUGAAGUUUGGUAUCUCAGUUUUCCAUGCUAAUGGUCAUCAGUGGCCUUGCCAGUUGGUAUACUACCCAUGUAAAUGUGUGGGCUUUGGUUUGUCAGAUGGUGAAGGGUGUGGGCAGCUGUGGAGCUCUUUGAAGAUACUCGUUCCCACCCUCCAAGUUUCCAGUCAUCAUCAAAGACUAUUUGUUCUUGACAAUCAGAUUCUUCACCUGGAUAAGAAAUGGUUGAACAAGAAAUGGACCCUCUGCAAAAGCAAGAAAAUGUUGGCUUUGGCAGCCCUCCAUGCAUGGCAUGUUGACAUGCAAAUACUGAGAGAGCAGUGGGCUGCACAGGUGCAUCCACAAACUCAACCCUUACCCAGGCAGUCAAAGAACAAGGGUGCUGAACAGUUGGCACAUAUACUUGCACUGGAAAAGACUGUUGAAGAUUACCAGUGCCAUGUGGAUCAAUUGGAGAAGGAUCUUGUCAAUGAUCAUCAUGCUGCAGCAAAAGCCUCCCUGUCAAAGGCAACUCAGGCUCUUAGCCAAAAAAAGAAAGCAUUGGGAGUUUCUGCACAUGUGGACCUACACCUGUUGAGGAACAAUAAAGAGUGGCUUCAUCAACACAAGUUUGAGUUGGAGAGGUUGGAACAAUCAUACAGGAGCUCUGUCAAUGAAAAUCAUUUACAAUCAUGUCUAGUCACAGCAUAUAAUAAUCUCUGUGGUGAAUUGCAGGGUAUGAUUUGGCUGCAGAAAGCACCUCCUGGUGCUAUUGCUCCUCCUCCCAUACCAUCUAAGGGUAUUUUUCAACUGUAUGUUGAUAGUGAUAUUUGGCAGGAUGUUGGAAUUGAGGAGGGUUACCCUGAUCCCCCUGGUUGGCUUGCUGAUGAGGGUGUGUGCAAGGGAAUAAGACUUAUGUUGGAGGUUGAUCAUUGCAAUGAAGAAGAAAGAAGAUUGUCAAGAGAGCAGACCAUUUUACAGGAGUGGUUUUCUGUGGAGUGGAAAAGUGUAGAGGUUGCUCAGAACAAUGUUGAUGCAUUUUACAAGUAUCAUGUGUGA